AUGUUUCGUUCAUCGGGAGGAGCUCGCCAGACAUGCAUCCUCAUGCAACAUCCAGCCGCAUUGGAUGAUGAUCUUGAUUUUACAGAACCUUCUGGCCAGGGCUCUGUGUACAAAAGGUCCUCCAGGGAGGCAGAAGCAGGAGGAGAUGAGACCAGGUUUCCAGUUGCUAUCACACCUCACGCUCUGUUAUCUCGGCUCAUUUUGGUCAUUGGUUUGUCGUUGACCCUGUUUUCCGUUGGGACUUUGCUCUUCAUUAGUGGAUUCUUCCUUUCGAAAGACGACUUGCCGUACAUUAGCAACGGACGAAUCAUACCAUUCCCUCCGUUGUUUCCUCACUUAGACCCGGCACGGCUCCAACUGAAUAGAGAAGAGAGUGUGUACUAUGUGGAGAGCAGUGGCCCUAGAGCCCCACGUAGCACAGGCAGUCACGUUGACAGCGACGGCUCCCCUAGGCCUUUGUAUCUGGAGCAAUUCACUGACCCAAAGCUCUUUCCAUUGUCCUCAGAGCCCGAACCAUGCCAGGUUCAGCCCUGUCGAUCCUCUUGGGUGUCAGUAACACCAUAUGACCGCGUCGUUGUUUUUCUGAUUGAUGCAAUGCGGUAUGACUUUCUGCUUUGGGACCCGGAUGCUUCGAGUGCUUGUGAAGACGACGCCACUAAGGAGUGUGUGAGAGCGCCUUCUGGGCUUCGGCCUUUCUACCGAAAUCGCAUGCCUUUGGCGCACGACCUUCUCCGCCGAUCCGAUGCAGACCUACAGCGUUUUCUCCUCAGCCUGGUGAAGAACAGGGAAAUGUCCGCAGAGGAGUUGGGAAGCAGCGCUGCUGCACUGAAGAAGGACCUGAGUUCACGUGAAACCAAGCUGCCACCAAGUGCCUCACAGACGAGCCCUGCUUCUUUGCCUUCCACGUAUAACUGGGGAGGGAACCGUUUCACUCGAUUAUACAUCUUCGAAGCAGAUCCGCCUACAGCCACUACGCAGCGUCUGAGUGGCCUCGCUACAGGAAGCAUGCCGAGCUUUUUCAGCGUCCGGGAGACGUUUUCUGCGCCAGCAGUAGACGUGGAUAGCUUGCUGCUGCAGCUGAAUGCAGCAAACAAGACCUCCGUCGCCAUUGGAGACGAUACGUGGGAUCGCCUGUUUGGUCACCUCUUAACUCGGGUGCACGCAUUCCCGUCGUUGAAUAUCCAGGAUUUGCACACAGUAGAUGACGGAGUCGCCGCUAAACUUCCACGGGAAUUUGCGAAGGGCGACUGGACUCUCCUUGUCGGCCACGUUCUUGGUGUAGAUCAUGUGGGCCAUGCAGCAGUCCUUGAUUCUAAUUUGAUGCACAAGAAGCUGACAGAAAUGAAUGGCAUGCUUAAGAAUACUCUCAAAUUGAUGCUUAAACACGACUUUAGUGCAACGCCUACCAGGCCAACUCACACGCUCUUCCUGGUGUUUGGAGACCACGGAAUGACUGAAGCAGGAUCUCAUGGAGGUGGUAGCAGCGAGGAAGUCGAGGCUGGUCUUUUGUCGUUCUCGACGCUGCCGGCGAUGCUAAGUCCCCGUACUGCGCAGAUGCUUUCUCCUGAUACACGGCUUUUUCCAGGUCGUCUGCCGACGUACUUGCAGAACCACGGUGCGUUCCGCGACAGCAGUGGGCGUCGGAGGGUUGGAUCGGGUUCAGCACUUGAUGCAGCCUCCCCAACAGCAGCACUAGGCUACGGAUCGAGCCGAGUACGACAGGUUGGCCUGGCACCAACGCUCUCGUUACUCCUGGGACUUCCCAUUCCAUUUAAUUCUAUGGGGCGAAUCAUAGCAGACCUCGUCCCGAGCGUUGCAAGCUUUGUGCAGGAGUGCGCUUCAGAAUCUCAGGGAACAUCUCUGAGCACCUUCUCGUGCGGCACGAGCGAUGGCAAGCCGUGCAGCGUGAAGGAGAGUGAAGAUCUUGCAACUGCAAGGACAGUGCGCUGCAGUGACCUGGCCUACCUUACACAGCUGCAUCACAUCGUAGCGUGGCAACAGCACCGAGCCAUUUUGACCCACGCAGCGCUAACUGGAAACGGGGCAGUGCUUACAGAUCCUCAUUUUGCGGCAAUAAAGGUUAAAUGGCUCAGGCUGUAUUCUGAACUGGACAAGGAGAUAAAGUCACUGCCUCAAGCAGCACACGUACCUCUGACUUCAGGUUCAUCGGCGCCUAACUCCCGGCUCGGGGAGUUGGGCUCCACUAUCUCGAUGCCCACUGCUGGAAUUGAGGGGGCAGAUACUGAGCUGAUUUCGCAUUUGUCUCAACUCCGUCCAGAUGGCGUUGGAAGUGGCAACGAUGGAGAUGUACACAUAGGGACGGCCAAAGAAGCCAAAGAAGGCGCUGCAUCUGCUUUACCUUCUCUAGUCCCAUAUUUGCUAGCGUCUGCGAAUUUCUCGCAGGAAGCUUGGCAGGCCAGUGUCCGCCAGCUAUGCACUUUUAAUAUAAUGCUAAUGGUUUGCGGCAUCUUCAUGGCCCUUAGCAGUCUCAUCAUUUUGGGCUCCCAGCACUUUGCCUAA